AUGUAUGGUUGCGGAGGGAUCAAUCGAAUCCACAACUAUAUCCCAAACCAUAAGUAUUUGUGCCCACCAGAUGGGUGUGCAGUCUCCACGGUCAAAUGGACUGCCAGAGCAACAGCCAGCAAGAAGCUAGUGAGUAGCGGCGGCGUGAGGCGGAAUGUUUUCUGUUGCUAUAGGAGCAGGGAUUGUUUGUUGUUACAGCUAGUUGAGGACCACCGCCCCCUCCUCUUCGCUGGUGCUACUCGUUUCACUUCGAACUUUCCAGCCAGCGAGAAGGCACUGAGCGCGAGAGGUUUUGUCACCUCUUCCCCGACCCCAGGCGCGACCAGGGACACGGACGACGAUUGGUAUUAUCACAUCCCCCUGAAACACUCAGAGGAACAAGUUAGCUCAGAAGUUGCACAACAACCAAUGUCUGAGAUCCGAUGUCUUGGUGAUUUUGGAGAUCCUCACAAUGACAUUACCUUUGGGGGUCGAAGAAAGUGGAUCAAAGAUACUGACUCAGAAUAUGUAAAACUGGCAAAGCAAGGAGGUCAACCAGAUUUACUGAGACAUUUUACUCCUACUCCACGAAAAGUAUCCCUGGGGCCUUAUGGUGCACUUGAAUGGUACUCACAUCAUAGCAAACAAGCUGCAACUGAUUAUUCUAAACCUCAUGUUCCAGCAAUGCCAGACUACAUGAUUCAUGAAGAAUUUAAGACUGAUCAAUCAUCCAGCUAUAAACCUAAAAUGGGUCCUUUUGAUUUUGAUAUGAAAAGUGUUUGGCAAAGGGAUGCUGAAGACAAAGAGAACAAAGAGAAAAGAGAGAUAAAACUUCCUGCUAUUCCACCAAGAUACCCACGCAGAACUCACCAAGCUGUCACAUCUAAAGAAUUCCAUGGAGGAAACCGACUUUAUUUUCCUCCAAUGCCUGCUCAUAAAAAAAAUGAACCUAUAAACUUCAGCAAACUGAUUAGCAGUGGUUAUGGUGAUGAAUGGCUUCAGGAACGUGAUCAGUGGGAGAAAAAAAAUACUGAGCCUAAUGAUUCUUUUCUUCCUCCAAAUUCAGAAACAUCCCAGCCAGAAUUGAUACAAACAGAAAUUGAGUAAAAGCUGGUACUUCACAGAAUUGUCACAAUUCUGUUGCUACUUCCAAACAGCACUGUAUGCAGGGAACUAUUAUACAGCUUAGGAAGCAGGCUCCAGUAGUAAUCUACUAACCAACUAUAAUAGGCUUCAAUGGUUAUCUCAUAAACCAACUAUUACUAAGACUCACCUAGUCUCUUCUAAAGCCACACCUGUUGCUUGAGAGCUGAUGAGUAUCCCUACAGUCAUAAGACACUGUUAAUAUAAGCUAUACUUUGAAUUGAACUACUGAAAACAGUAUAGGGGAACACAAAAAUGAGACCAGCUUGAACUUUACACUACUGACUUUUUAUUUUUGUAUCUUUUUCCAAGUAAAAGCUAGUUAUUUUCAUUUUCUAUGUAAUGAAUGUUGGCAUUUUAUAUGUAAUGAAUGUUGAAUACUGACACUGAAAUUAUUUUUCAGAAUAUUGGAUUGUACUGAUAGUUUUAAACACCCAUUUGUAUUUUGUUCUGCUUCAUUCUUUACAUAUAAACUUAUACAAAUACUUGGAUUCUAUUUGAAUAAACAUAA